AUGCCGGUGGCGCAGCUCGGAGGGGACAACAGGGGCAGGGCCACCGCCGACCUCACCCCCGACGCGCGGGCCUCGUCCCGCAAGCCACGCCGCCGCCACAGGAAGUCCGCCGCCGCCACCGCCGCGGCCGCCGCCCUCGUCGCCGCAUCGCCAUCGCCCUCCCCGACGACCCCGAGCCCGAUGCAGCGCCUCUUCGACACCAGCAAAGAGGUCUUCUCCGAAUCCGCCCCGGGCUUCGUGCCGCCGCCCCAAGCCGUCGCGCGCCUCGCCGCCAUCCUCAAUGAUUUGAAACCACGCGAUGUCGGCAUAGACCCAAGUCUGCCAUGUUUCAGGCACACCGAGUCUAAAGGGCCUCCCUCAGUCACGUAUCUACAUUUCUACGAUUGCUCCAAGUUUUCGUUUGGUAUCUUCUGUUUACCCAAGUCGGCAGUCAUUCCUCUCCACAACCAUCCUGGGAUGACCGUCUUUAGCAAGAUGCUCUUUGGUUCCAUGCACCUCAAGUCAUAUGACUGGGCUACAAGUAGCCCAGAGAAUGAUUGUAAUACACUCACGACCUCCUCAGAUGGGGCUCGUUUAGCAAAGAUAAAUACGGAUGCUGUUGUUGAUGCUUCAGCGGAGACUAUAGUUCUCUAUCCUGAGAAUGGAGGCAAUUUGCACUGUUUCACGGCGCUAACCCCUUGUGCGGUGCUUGACGUGAUGGGACCCCCGUAUAGCAGCGCUGAUGGAAGGGAUUGUGCGUACUACGACGAGUCCGCGUAUUCAGAUACUGGUGGAGAAAUGCGGUAUUCCUGGCUCAAAGAGAUCCCUAGCACGUUCGAGAUGAAAGGUGUACAGAUGCGACAGCGGUUUACCGUCUAGAAAUGACUCAUGAUGUGCGUUGGGUCGUCGCGGGGCGAAACAACAGUUCCCACUGAACCGCUCCUCUAGCUUUGUAGAUACAUGUAACUGCAAAGGCAGGCCACACUGGCUCAGGCUAGCAACACUUUCUAUACCCUUCUUUCUGCUUAUUUUGGUCAGGGCUGAAACAAUCUCAUGUGACGACGACUCUGCUUCUCUUGCGUGAUUUCGAUGGGUAUACGGUUCCGGGGGCAUGAUCACUCUUGUUUCCCUGUACGUGUUGUAUGCUGCAGGCGUUUUUUGAGGGUGACCAUGUACCAAAUUCAGAGGGUUGUUUGAUCGGCUUGCCUGACUUGUUGGUCCUGGUUAUUGAUAUGUUUCAAGGCCA